CAUACGGGCUUCCUUGGAGUCCAGUUGUUUACCUCCCGAGCGAUUGCCUUCAGACAACUUUACAGUUUUCAUAUUUUGUUAUAAACUGUGAAAAAAAAUUAGACCAGAUAGAACAGAAUCUUCUUGAUUACGGCUUAUAGAGAGUGUUUAAUUGGCCUUGAGCACAUGAUGUAUGGGGGAUACCCAGCAGACAUGCAGAACUUCCAGCAACAUCAGUAUGCAAUGCAGCAGCAGCAACACCAAAUGAUGAGGCAGCAGCAAAUGGAACGCUAUCAACAUUGGCAGCAGCCAAGUGACUUCUAUGGCCAGUAUGGACAGUACUACCAAAAUAAUGUCUUUAAUGUGCAGGCUUGGCAGGCAUACCAGUUUGGCUCACCAAAUGACUUGCAGGCAGUUUUCACUAGUGUUAUGCGUAACAAUGCAGAAAAUGUUAUGCGAAAUGCUAUACAAGCUGAAGAUCUUAUGCAUGUGCUGAACAACACACCAAGUAUUAAAAACUUUUAUAAAAUAAACUGGAGUCGAGAAAUGUGCAGCAUAAUGCUUGCGAUGCUGGAUAGAUCUAGAGAUGGCUUCAUGCAGUGGGAAGAAUUCCUAGAGUUACAGCAGUGCCUUGUGGCCUGGUAUCAUGUGUUUUGCCAACAUGAUGCAGAUCGGUCUGGAUUCAUUGAUUCCUCUGAACUAUACCGUGUCAUUCAACAGCUCUUUGGGUAUCGGAUCCAGCCCAACACACUGACAACGAUACUGAAGCGCUAUUCUCGAGUAGUUCCUCCCAACAGUCGCUAUAUUGUUGCCUUUGAUGAUUUCGUGGCCCUCUCUGUCCGACUUCGAUCUUAUACAGAUGCUUUCAGAAAACGUGAUGCAAGAGAACAUGGGGGAGAAACAGGAACCUGUCAAUUCCAUUAUGAUGAUUUUCUGCAGUGUGUCAUGUGUCUAUAGCAGUAAUGGAAAUACCUCGGUACUGCUUUACAAGCCGUCAAAAAUGCUGACCUUAUGAUAUGAAAACAUCAAAAAUUCUGUUGCUAUGAUACUUGAUGUACUUCAAUUUUUUUCAAACAUUAAGUUCGGGUACACCUGCACCUGAAAUGAAUGACAAAAACAAUAAAUGUUGAACAACAUAUUUCUUUAUUAUAAAAUAUUCCUUAUAAUGUCCAUGAAAAUAGCGUUGAAUUCUUUGAAUUUUGUUUCAGCUUCCACUUUAAACAUAUUGCAAUAUUCAUUGCAAUUAUGAAUCUAAUUUAUACAUCUAUCGAUACCAUUUUUCUUUUUUACCUAUUCAUGGUGUUCUUUUCUGAAAAAACAUGUUUGGUGAAAGAGACUGUAUACUUACAUAUGUGUAUUUAAAAGAGAGAGAGAGAGCAUGAAAGUGUGCGUGUGGUGAAUGUAUCCGUGUGUGUGUGUGCCUGCAUUUGCAUCCAAAGGAAGGUGCAUGUUUUGUUUUGUUUUAUUUUUAGUCUAAGACUCUACUUAUUUUCAGCUUUCAGAGCAUGGUGCAGAUUUAAUGGAUGUAGUUUAUGUAUAUUUGAAGUUUUGCUAUGUUUCUAUCUUAUAAGAUUUCACAUUUUUAUUGCAUUGGCAGAAGAUGAGGGAAGUUUGAGAAGAAAAGCCAGAUGUUACAUGUAAACAUUCUAGCAUAAUAUGCAGCCAAUGUGAAAGAUUAUAUUACUGAUAAUUGAAGUAACAAUCAUGUAGAUCAUACACAGAUGAAAGAAGCUUGCAUCUUCUAGCUUAUGUACAUGCUAUUCAUAUUGUUGUUCCUUGGUAUGUUCUAUGUAAACAGUCAUAAAGUGAGCAGUAAAAAAUAAAGGUGGAAACUGUUUU